AUGGAGCAAAGCUUAUUAAAAUCGUAUUUAGAAACCUUAGAGGAAUUAAUUAUUGAUGAAAACAAAAUUGUUACUUACAAGUCAUUGAGUAAAAGCUUAGGCAUUCACGUAAAUACUUCAAAACAAUUACUUUACACUUUUUUAUUACAAUGCAAAGAUAAAAAUUCUAAUAUUUGUGCAACACAUUUAUUGGCGGGAAAAUUGAAUGAUGGAAGUCUAAAUGUUACAAUAGUCAAUGAAAAUGAAAAAGAAAAUGAAAAGAAAAAAUUUUUAGAAAUAACAUCAGAUCACAUUUAUAGUGUUCAAAAGGGUAAAGCUUUAAAAGAAAUUAAAAUUCUUGCUGGAGUUGCUAAUAAUUUAGGAAAUAAAGAAAGUAAUUAUGUCAUUAAAUGUUCUGACUGCUCUAAAAAUAAUGAAAAUGAGUUUCAUACUUCAGAGAAAUCAAAUUCCAAGUUUUUCGAAGAAUCUCCCAGUACUGUAAAUACUAAUGUUAAAUGUUCGAAUAAUGCUGUAGUAAAUAGUCCUAAUUCUAAAAAAAUUAAUAAUUCUCCUAAAAGUUAUGGUAAAAAUUGUUUAGAAAACUCUAAAAAAGUCAGUCCAAAUAAUAAAUCAAAGGCAGCUGAAUCAAAAUUGAAUGCUGCAAAUAAGCAAACAGGAAAAAUUGAUAGUACAAAUGAAACUCACAAACCAGAAUUAGUGCCCACAACUAUCCAAAAAAAUGAUAAUUCAAAAAUCGAGAAAUCGAAGGAGAAAAAACAAUCAAAUUUGAAUGAACAAGAUUUGAAAAAACCUGAUAAUAAUAAAUGUAAAAAUAAAGAAAAUUGGAAGAAAAAAGAAAACAUAAAAAGAAAAAGAAUACAGUUAUUUUCAGAUUCAGAAGAGAGUGACAAUGAUACUGAAAUUGUACCUGAUGAAAAAUUCGAACCAGAAGAAAAAAUUUUAGUUACAGAGGAAAAAAAAGAUGAUAAUUUGCUAACACAAAAUAAAAGAAAAAAAAGAAAAAUAGUUGAUGUAACAGUUAUGAAUGAUGAUGAGACAAGAAAGGAGCUGACAUUAACAACAGACAGUGAAGAUGAAAUUGAAGAAAAUACCUCAAAAUUUUCAAAGACAAAAAAUAAUUCUGAAGCAAAAACUGAGGGUAAAUCUAAAGAUGUUACUUCAGCCAAAGUGCCUAAAAAGCAAUCGUCAUUGCUUACGUUUUUUAAAAAAAAGUUGAUUGUGAAACAGGAAAAUAUGUCUGAUAUCCAUAUUGUGGAUUUUCUUAAAAGUACAAUUUAG